CGCGUUUCCACUUCCGGGUGUGAGGCCGGGCUGUUGCUAGGGCGGCCGCGUUGCUAAGGGAGGCCUGGCCAAUAUGGCGGGGAACCGGCUGCACAAGAUCGGGAGCGUGUUCAGCCGGACGCGGAACCUGCUCCGCAUCGGUGUGGUGAAGAAGCCGCUGUGGUUCGAUGUGUACGCCGCCUUCCCCCCGCGGAGGGAGCCGCUGUACCGGGUGCCGCGGCCGCGCUACGGCCGGGUGCAGGAUGUCAUCCGGAGCGUCUUCUACCCCGAGGAUGAAGUGCGAGCGAGAUUUUACAGAGUUUAUGGCAGUGGCCCAAGACCUUUUGACCUGUCACAAUCACACUACAAAUCUACGUGCCAGAGGUUUGUUGAGAAAUACAAUGAACUGAAGGAAGAAGGGAAAAUUGAAGAGGAAAAGUUGUUUGAAGAAACGGGAAAAGCCCUUUUAGCCAGUGGGAUACUGCUGCAGAGAAGAGGGACGGAGAAAGUAGCACACCAGGAUCAUCAGGAUGCUGAAACCAAGGAUUCAGGCUUACGCCUGCAUCUCAAAACUGUGUUGGAAGAGAUGCAGGAGAAGAAGGAUCAGGAGGGGCAGACACCAGAGCCAGCAGAAAAGCAGAAGGAGAACCCCUUGCCCUAAGGGCUGUGCUCUUGUCCUGUGCUGCUCAGCUGCAGGAUGUGCCCUGGAGCCAGCAUUCUGCCUCCACAACCCAGCUUCUAUGGGAUGAGUGGAAUAUGCCUCAGUUGUGGAGCUCUGGUGCCUUCCCUGACUGUGUAUGUGGCACACCCUGUAUGUUUUUCCAUCUCCCCAUUUGUAAAAUCUGGAGAUAAUAAUUAUUUUGGGGGGGUUAAAGACUGUUCUUUCCAAUUGUGAGCUGGAAAACAUGAGUCUAAACAUGUAAAAUUAAACAAUUGGAAGUUCUGCCUC